GUGUUUUACGGAUUAUGAUUAUUUGUAUCGCGAUUUACCGGCUUCGCUCUAAUUAUUAUAAUCAUACCGCCUGUUAACUCAAUGGCAUUUCAUUCAACGCGCUAUUACAAAAGUGACCUGUUCAAAUUAACGCUUAAUUGUUGUAUAAUAAUCAGGUGGUUAGUAACCGCAGUUUUAAUACAUUCAAAUGAGUUCGAAUCUCGUGAUCGGUGGAUAAUAAAUAGCCUAAUUUUCUCACCGCAAUUUAUAAAUAAACGUAAUUAACGUGAUGACUAGUUUGACGCGACAUUUUCCAAAUUUUGACGUAUAGUGCUCCUACUACAAAUACUAAACCGUCCACCCCUUACCAAAAUUACUCAGUUAUUAUCAUUACGUAGCUUAAGUACUUACAGGGUGCAGUACCUAUACUUUAUAAAAAAAAGUGUUCUAUAUAUUGCGUGUAAAUAGUAUGACGGAUCAAACACCUAUAUAGCACACGUAUUAAAACAUAAAAUGUGAAUUAUGAUUCAGCAUUCAGCAGACUGGAAAUAACGUUUCGAGUCUCAGUUUAGGUCUUUACCACGUGUUCAGAUCGCGAAGUUAUUACUCAGAGUUCCGGUUAGCCGCCGUCCGUAAAAAUCAUUGAUAUAUUCUAAUUGUUAUCGGAAUUGACAAUGAGAUUUGCCGCGGCAAAAAACUACCUGCUUUUAACCGCAUCCCAAUCAGCGCAAAAAACGUUACUGAAGACAUCCUGAACCUAACCAACUGGAACCCGCAUCAGUAAUGAUAUUAUGUACAGAUUGUUUUCACUGUCAGCACUGCUAUUCCUCGUAAGUGCUGACCCACGAACGCCGAAAAUCUACAACGUUCUUAUCAGCACAAAGAAAAAUUUGUCGCCUAGUCAUGCUCUACCAGUAUACGAGCCCGUAUUGAGAACGACGUCGUUAGGAAUUGCUCUACCGCCAAUUUUUUAUCAAUCGCCUAUAGCCACUUUCCAGCCGAAUUUCGUUGCCAGAGGUGAGCCUUUGGAGAACGUAGGGAAAACGGAAAACAAUGAAGAGUCGCAAAAGUCGUUACAACCUUUGCCGGUGGAGCAGUUCAUUCCGUAUGCUUACACCCCCCACGUUUUGAAUAGUGGGGGUUAUUUUACCCCGAUAAACGAACCGAAUCAACCUCAGCCGCAACCAAAACUUUCCCCGAAUCCGGAAGAAUUUUACCAGAAGUCUGACAAUCCGAAAAACGUAAUAGCUAACUUGAAAAGAAACCCCAACAUACCGGACGUUCCUCCUCCAGCGCUACCUACUCGAAAUAUGACAUAGUAGUCAAUAUUAAUGAGUGUAAUUUGAAUAAAAUAAAAAAAUUUCAUAAAUUA